CAGUUCAGGGUGUCCCAAGUUUACAGAGAGUGAGGAGGAGUUUUGUCCUUUCAGAGUUGCCGUAGGGGUGGUGACGUAGUGUGUGUGUUGUUGUGGAGAGAGAGUUAACAAGGAGUACACAUUAAAGAAGCGGUGACUACCGGACCUGAUCUAAUGUCUCCCGUUUAUUAUUUUAUUAUAUAAGUACACUGUAUAGGCGAACCCAGGACACUCGGCUACACUAGUUUAUAUUUUUAGUUAAUUGUUCAUAUUUAAUGUUUACUUUGUACAAAGAGAGCGCAGUCUACUGAAGUUAAAUUCCUUUGCUUUUGGGGGCCCUAAGCAAGCGCUCAGUUCGCUUAUGCCUUGGGCCGGCUCUGGUUGACAUAUUACAAUCAUUUAUACAAUUUGUCGCUGACGUGAUCGUCGACGUCAUCGCUCGUAUUUUUCCGGACAGGCAGUUCUUUUGACUGUACUGAAUCACUACAAUGAGUUCCUUAAAUUGAUUCGUUAAAAAAAAUUCGUUCACCGAAUCACCGAUUCUCGCGAGUCCUGAGAGCGAGAGCGUUGUCGUUCACUGAGUGAUAGUUGUCGUUAAUCCGCGGUGAACGAAUCGUUCGCUCAGUCCCUCCCCCCGCCCGCAUGAUGAGUAGCUGGCUGCGUCGAGGGUUCAGUGAGUCACAGAAUGCGCCAGUUCCACUCAUACCGGCAUGGUCGCGGCGGAGCUCAACUGAACUGAGAAAGGAACGAAUCAGUUCAUGAAGUGAUUCAGUUCAGUACGUUCACUCAAAAGAUUCGUCCGUUCGAACGAAUUGUUCGCGAACGACAAAACAAUAACAGACACGUGACCGCCGAGCAACAGCGUAGACACAUGGCUCCUGCCACUGCAAGUUAAAAGUAAACAGUACGUCUGUGAUGUGAGCGUAUUCAAAGCAGAGGCAUGUCGGACAUCCGGAAGAUGUGGUCUCCGACUCUCGGCAGAUGACAAAAUGACCAAUCAUUUGUCCGAGUCCCCGCAAGAGCGGACCUUCCAGUACCAAAGCAGCCUGCCUCCCUUACCCGUCCCCUCACUAGAGGGCAGCCUGUCCAAGUACCUGGAUGCAGUGCGUCCAUUUGCAUCUGAGACAGAAUUUCAUGCGACGGUGGAUGUUGUGCAGAAAUUCCAAGAGGGUAUUGGCCAAGAGCUGCACCACAAACUCCUGCAGAGAGCCAAAACCAGGAGGAAUUGGCUGGAGGAGUGGUGGUUAGACGCCGCAUACCUGGAGGUCCGCAUCCCCUCGCAGCUUAAAGUGAACUUUGGUGGGCCGGCUCCUUAUUUGGAGCACUGCUGGCCCCCUGCAGAAGGAACACAACUGCAGAGGGCCAGCGUGAACGUCUGGCACACGCUACAGUACUGGAAUCUCAUUUACAAGGAGAGCCUGGCGCCCCAGAAAGCUGGAAAAAUGGCGCUAGAUAUGGAUCAGUUCAAAAUGCUGUUCUGCACCUGCAAAGUACCUGGAGUUAAGAAGGAUUGCCUCUACAGCUACUUCAAGACGGAGCAAGAGGGCAACUGUCCCUCACACCUGGUUGUGAUGUGUCGAGCACGGAUUUUCACGUUUGAUGCGCUUUGUGACGGACAAAUCCUCACACCGCCAGAACUCCUCAGGCAGCUGAGCUAUGUAAAAGAACGUUGCCAAGGACGACCUGACGGCCAGGGCGUAGCCGCUCUUACCUCAGAUGACAGGACUCGAUGGGCAAAGGCCAGAGAGCAUCUUAUAAGCAUUGAUCCCCACAAUGAACACAUCCUGGAGACAAUUCAAAGCAGCCUCUUCAUCAUAUCUCUGGAUGACAGCAAACCCUACUCCUCUGCAGAGAACUACACAAACAUCACUCUGGAGGCUCUUACAGGAGACCCCACCAUUCGCUGGGGAGACAAAUCCUACAACUCCCUUGCGUUCGCCGAUGGUACUUUUGGAUCCAAUUGUGAUCAUGCACCGUAUGAUGCCAUGGUCCUGGUGUCCAUGUGUUGGUACAUUGACCAGCAACUCAAAGCUACAGGGGGCAAGUGGAAGGGCUCAGACAGCGUGCGAGCUAUGCCUUUUCCUGAGGAGCUCCUUUUUACCCUGGACCAAAAAGCACUUAGUGACAUCAGCUACGCCAAACGCCAAUACCAGGAGACGACGCAGGACCUCCAGCUUGUGUGUUACGCCUUCACAGGAUUUGGAAAGUCGGCCAUCAAAAAGAAGAACCUACAUCCUGAUACCUUUGUUCAACUGGCCAUGCAGCUCAGCUACUACAAAAUGAACAAAAUAGCAGCGAGCUGCUACGAAACAUCAAUGACCCGCAGGUUCUACCACGGCAGGACAGAGACCAUGCGGCCCUGCACCAGCGAGGCGCUCAAGUGGUGUAAAGCCAUGGUGGACCCCGCGUGCAGUAUUCAGGACAAGAGGAAAGCCAUGCUGCAGGCCUUCAGCAAACACAACAAGCUGAUGGCGGAGGGCCAAGAGGGCAAAGGUUUUGACAGGCAUCUUCUCGGGCUGUAUCUAAUCGCCAAAGAGGAGGGACGUCCCACCCCUGCUCUCUUCACAGACCCCCUUUAUGAAAAGAGUGGAGGCGGUGGGAACUUUGUGCUGUCAUCCAGUCUGGUGGGCUACACUACAGUGCUGGGGGCUGUUGCUCCCAUGGUGCAUCACGGCUAUGGCUUCUUUUACCGCAUCAACAAUGACAGGAUUGUGAUCUCCAUCACAGCCUGGAAAUCUUGCCGUCAGACAGACGCUGUGGCGUUGUUCAACAACUUCUCAAACUCCUUGCAUGAAAUGUUUCACCUCGCAACCACCUCUCAGCUUUAAGGAGUGGAACCAAGCGGCACAGGACCUUUCAUUGUGGGUGCCAUCACCUUUACCUGCACCAUUAGAUCACACAUCAAUGAAAACAUGAAGAAUCAACACUUGAAGGUUGUUUUGAUACAUGGCUUUUGUGGACUAAUCCUGUGGACACUUUUAGCUUGUAAUUAGUCAUCUUAGCACUGAGGGCUUACUGGAUUUUUUAUUUUCCUUCACUUUUAAUAGACAGGCCAGUCCCACGUGCUACUUACACAUAGUUACAUACCAUAGCCUGCAUUUUAUGGGAGUAUGCUAUGAUCAUGUGCAGGAGGACUUAAUUUGCACAAAUGCAUUUUAGGACAUUUAAAUUAAUAAUAAUACCAUACCAAACUAAUUUAUUGUACUACAAUAUAUACAAGAUAACAUAACUAUUAUUGUGUUUUUCUGUAUAUUAAUCAAAUCAUUGUAAAAAGUUACCUGUAUCAUACAGUAUAAAGUAUUGGUUUAGAAUUAAUGUUUUUAAUCAGCACUCGUUUUAUGUUGGUAAUGUUGUUUACCAACUAACUACAAGAUCAACUGAAUGUUCCAUUUUAUGAUCAACAAUCGGUUGCCGUAAGAAGUUUUAUAGAACAAAAAAGUCGGUGCCAACCCUUGGUACCUGCUGUAAUGUUUAUUUGAGGAGACAUGUUUAAUUGUUGGAAGUAAAUGACAUACCCAGAGAUUAUUUUAGACGACUGGAGCGACAAAUUGUAUAUUAGAGAUUGUGACUGACAUUAGGACCUAGAUCUCACACCCAGUAGGCCUGAGGUGGGGGUGUGGUUUAGUUUUUGCCAAGCGACCUGGCCUAGAGUGCCUGUUUAACAGUGAGGUAUAACUACAGUUCAUUAUUCACAGUGCUUCAGUUUUUCCACAUUUUUCUAAUUUUACAGCCUUAUUCCAAAAGACAAUACUGAGCUGUAACUCAUUUUUCUCCUCAAAAUUAUUCACACAAUACCCUAUAAUCACAAUGUGAGAACAUAUUUUUUUAUGUUGUAAAUAAAACACUAAACAAACAUGUAAAUACGUAUUUACAGCCAUUUAAUACGUUUUUGAUGCACCUUUAGCAGCAUCUACUUAACAGAAUUUGGGAAUGUGGGAUACUUCUCUUGUUUUCUUAUUUGUAUUUGACUUUAUUAAAUUUAUUUGUAUUA